AUGCCCCACGUCCGCCGGUCGUGUGGUUCUCCACAACAGCACAGCCACACGCAUGCAGCAGCUAGCUCCAGCAGAUCAAUGGAUCAGCUCCUCCUGCUUCUCGCGCUUCUCUUGUGCGGCCUCCUCGCCGUCCUCCGGCGCGGCCGUGCUCCUCCCCCUCCACCCUCACUCGUCAUGCACAAGAUCAGCGACCCAGCUGUCGCCCACCGCGCGCUCGUCGAGAACGCAGACGCCUUCUCGAAUCGCCCGCCCGCACGCCUGCACGUGGCCCUGGCCGCCCGGCGACGCGGCCAGCGGAAUGAGAACCUCAACACCUUGGCACACGGACCGCACUGGCGCGCCCUUCGGGACGAGGAGAUGGUGCGGCUGAUCUCGGAGUUCCUUGGCGCCGGCACGGGGACGGUGGUGGCAAGCCUUGAAUGGGCCCUCGCCCACCUUGUCGACAAGCCGGAGGUGCAGGAGAAACUACACGUCGAGGUCGACGACGGCGAGGUCUCCCGUGCAGGUGCAGGCAUGCCUUACCUGCAUGCCGUCGUGCUGGAGACCCUCCGCUUGCACCCGCCGCUGCCGGUCAUCCCGCGCCAUGUCCAUACCGAUGCCGUCGGGGUGUUGGCCGGAGGAAUGGCCGUGCCGCCGCCGGUCGGCGACUUUUAUGUCAAUUUCUCUGCGGGGGACAUUGGCAGGGAUAGCAAGAUAUGGUCGGAGCCCAACGAGUUCCGACCGGAGCGGUUCCUGACUGGCGGAGAGGGGGAGGGCGUGGGCCCUUUGCCGGGACCCAAGCAGAUCAGGAUGAUGCCAUUUGGCGCGGGGCAUAGGUUCUGCCCGGGCGUGGGCAUGGCGAUGGUGAACAUGAAGUGCUUCUUGGCCGCACUCGUGCGCGAGUUCGAGUGGGCGCCGCCGACUGGCACCGACACCGUUGACCUCACGGAGCUAGAUUCCUUCUUCAAGGUGAUGAAGAAGCCGCUUUCCGCCCGAGCCUAG